CUUUUGUAUUUACCUAUGUAGUUACCUUUAGCGUGUGCUUUAUUUCUUUGCGUGGAUUCCAGUUACCAUUUAGGGCUGCCUGCAGAACUCCUUUAGCAUCUCCUGUAUGGAAAACACAGAUCAAGAGAGAAGCAUUUAGUUUAAAAUAAGAGAGACACCGUCUGAGAACAGAGUUGAUCAGGUAAACAUGAGAGUGAAAUUACAGGGAGAGUUCAGGAAAAAUUCAUGGCUCAGUCCCCGGAUUUUCUUGAUGACAGGGAUUCUAAGUUUACCUGUGCAGGAUGCUGAGGGAAGCGUGCCGACAGUGGGACUGACUGUAUUAAAGGUCUGAAGUGUAUCUAAGAACUAAGAUGAAGCUGAGACGAAAGUAGAACUGCACCCACCUAUGCAGCUCCACCCAGCUAGAAAUUCAUUCCACCAUGCUGGAUAUUGUCCUUCUGAAAUUCUUAGAAACAGUAAAGCCUUCUAGACGUUCACUGCGGCACCCAGUGCAGCUUCCGGCCUCUGCCACGUCUGGGUUCACUGCGGCACUCAGUGCAGCUUCCGGCCUGCUCACCCGGUAGGAGGGGCUCUGGCAGCGAGGUUGGUCCCAGCAGGCCUUGCGGGGCGACUCGCAGCUCACGUGUGACCUGUGGCGCCUGCGUCUGCCUUUUGGGGGUUGGCGCAGUGAGGGGAUCUGCCUUACUUUCUGUGAGGAAAGCCGGACCGUGACAGAGGAAAGAGGCCGAGGAGGAGGCCAGGACUGGGCUAGAACUGAAGGAGGACUGAGCCGGGAGGUGAGGGGCUUUACCGGCGGUGGUGGCAGCGGCAGCGGCGGCGACGGCGGCGGCGGCGGCGGCGGCGGGCGGCAUCUCCCGUGAGGCGGUUGGUUGACUAGGCCACAGCGGCCAUGGCCAUGGGCUUUGGGGACCAUGCCAGCGGGUUCCGCCACAACGAGGUGAUCAGAUUCAUCAACAAUGAAGUCCUCAUGAACGGGGGAGGCCCUGAUUUCUACGUGGCCUUCUGCUCGCGGUCCUGGAAUGAGGUAGAGGAUCGGCUGCGCGUCGUUGUCGCUGACCCGCAGGUGCCGUGCGCUAUCAAGAGGGCCUGUGCCUGGAGCGCGCUGGCCUUGAGCGUGCGUGUGGGCGCGAGGCAGCGGGAGCAGCAGGCGUUCCGGGUUCAGUGGCUGCAGGAGCAGGUAGGGGAACGCGAGGCGGCUUCCUGGGCCUCUGAGCUGCGGCGCCUGCGCGAGGAGCGCGAGGAGGUGGUCACGUAGCUGCGCCUCACGCAGGCCACCUUGCAGCAGGCGCUGAAACAGCGCGAUGUGCUUUGUGGGCGGCUGCUCCUGGUCGAGAGGUCGGCACAGGUCACCCCACUGGCCCAAGAGUUGCUGCCUGGGCCUCGAGCCAAGCAACUUGGGGCUGCAGAGUGGCCCAUGAGCGUAGAGCAGCAGAGAGAUGUGGUAGCCAUGGGGGAGCAUGACAGGCUGUAUUUCAAGAGCCAGAUGCCAGCCCCGACAGAUGUCCUUUAUGUGCCGGGACCCCCGAGUCCCUGGGCCCAGGCCGUGCAACCCCCUCUGCCAAUGCCGAUACCAUACCCAUUUCCAUUCCAUGCACCAUUCCCGAUGGGAUUCCCAUUCUUGCCACCUGUACCACCAGCAGUAGCCAUGGAAACAGAAGCUGGAGUCGUCCCAUUUCAGGUGCCUCCUCCGGGGAUCUCUCCACCUGGCCCGUGGGCUGCAGUGGUCUUUCAGGGGGAGAUGGCCCCACUGUGGAACCAGAGGAGCUACAGCCAGGGGGAAGGUCCUGAGAUCCUGCAGGGUACAGUCCCCUUAGGGGAUAUCAGAAGUCUUAACCAGGAAGAAGGUCUAUAG